AUGCAUUUAGUAAUAUAUGAAUAUGAUUAUCAGCAGUCUGGUACCAGAGUGACCAGUAUAGGAUCAGACGUGUCACCUGAAUCGCCGCCCAUGAACGUCAUGCAUUUAGUAAUAUAUGAAUAUGAUUAUCAGCAGUCUGGUACCAGAGUGACCAGUAUAGGAUCAGACGUGUCACCUGAAUCGCCGCCCAUGAACGUCAUGCAUUCAGUAAUAUAUGAAUAUGAUUAUCAGCAGUCUGGUACCAGAGUGACCAGUAUAGGAUCAGACGUGUCACCUGAAUCGCCGCCCAUGAACGUCAUGCAUUUAGUGAUAUAUGAAUAUGAUUAUCAGCAGUCUGGUACCAGAGUGACCAGUAUAGGAUCAGACGUGUCACCUGAAUCGCCGCCCAUGAACGUCAUGCAUUCAGUAAUAUAUGAAUAUGAUUAUCAGCAGUCUGGUACCAGAGUGACCAGUAUAGGAUCAGACGUGUCACCUGAAUCGCCGCCCAUGAACGUCAUGCAUUUAGUAAUAUAUGAAUAUGAUUAUCAGCAGUCUGGUACCAGAGUGACCAGUAUAGGAUCAGACGUGUCACCUGAAUCGCCGCCCAUGAACGUCAUGCAUUUAGUAAUAUAUGAAUAUGAUUAUCAGGAGUCUGGUACCAGAGUGACCAGUAUAGGAUCAGACGUGUCACCUGAAUCGCCGCCCAUGAACGUCAUGCAUUCAGUAAUAUAUGAAUAUGAUUAUCAGCAGUCUGGUACCAGAGUGACCAGUAUAGGAUCAGACGUGUCACCUGAAUCGCCGCCCAUGAACGUCAUGCAUUCAGUAAUAUAUGAAUAUGAUUAUCAGCAGUCUGGUACCAGAGUGACCAGUAUAGGAUCAGACGUGUCACCUGAAUCGCCGCCCAUGAACGUCAUGCAUUUAGUAAUAUAUGAAUAUGAUUAUCAGCAGUCUGGUACCAGAGUGACCAGUAUAGGAUCAGACGUGUCACCUGAAUCGCCGCCCAUGAACGUCAUGCAUUCAGUAAUAUAUGAAUAUGAUUAUCAGCAGUCUGGUACCAGAGUGACCAGUAUAGGAUCAGACGUGUCACCUGAAUCGCCGCCCAUGAACGUCAUGCAUUUAGUAAUAUAUGAAUAUGAUUAUCAGGAGUCUGGUACCAGAGUGACCAGUAUAGGAUCAGACGUGUCACCUGAAUCGCCGCCCAUGAACGUCAUGCAUUCAGUAAUAUAUGAAUAUGAUUAUCAGCAGUCUGGUACCAGAGUGACCAGUAUAGGAUCAGACGUGUCACCUGAAUCGCCGCCCAUGAACGUCAUGCAUUUAGUAAUAUAUGAAUAUGAUUAUCAGCAGUCUGGUACCAGAGUGACCAGUAUAGGAUCAGACGUGUCACCUGAAUCGCCGCCCAUGAACGUCAUGCAUUCAGUAAUAUAUGAAUAUGAUUAUCAGCAGUCUGGUACCAGAGUGACCAGUAUAGGAUCAGACGUGUAA